AUGUCUAUUUUAAAGUUAUCUAAUUUAUUACUAUUAAAUAUCAUAAAAGAGACUGACAGUAAUAUAGAUAUAAUAUGUUUAUUGUUAACUUGUAAACAGUUUUAUCAUAGUAGUAGUUUAAAAAGAUUGAUCAGAUUUAAAGGAAUAAGAGUUAUCGAUGAUAAAGGAAAGAUAUCAAAAAAGUUUUUAGCAACAGUUUUUAGAUUCAACAUCAACUCUUUUAAAGAUAUAUUAAAGAAUAGUAUACCAGAUCAACAAGUUUUAUUACUUGUCGAUCAUGAAAACUAUCCAUAUUGGAUACACCCUUACAUCUUUGCACCAGUAGAAGAAGAAGAGAAUAGAGUAGAUAAAAGAAACAUUACAACUGCCUUGUUGGGGGAUUAUGAACCUACAUUGAUCAAUUCAAUCUACAAGAUACCAUCAAUCGAGACAUUAUACAUCGACCCACACGACCACGAUGGUACAUUGGAUCUAGGAUCAAUCUCACUGCUACCGAAUCUAGAACGUCUUUCAAUUUGUUCAAACUCUUUUAAACUUGGUCAACACUCGUCACUCAAAUCACUUACUCUUGACGUCUAUAAUAUAUACUCUCAAAGACCCUAUCUAUCCUCUUUGGGACUAAAAUUCAUAUCAUUGACAGAGCUUACAAUCAAGAGUGCUUUUGUACUUGGGUUUGAAUCAAGUCUAUUACCACGUAACCUUACAUCUCUCAGUUUAAAACUGUUAGAUAUGCCACCAAGAGAUAUGUUCAAUUCUUUGACAUCACUCACUUCGCUCGAGAUUGACUUUGAAAGGAUAGAAUUAUUAAUAGAGGAGGAUCAAGAAGAAGAACGACCUCAUCAGUUCCUAGAUUUCAAUAAUCUACAUUGUCUAAAAACACUCCUUUUGGAUGAUUUCAAAUACGCCAUAGAGGUUAGUGUACCUCCUUCACUCCAAUAUCUUAGACUUUGGUCAAAUCAUAUUCAUAUCGCACCUCCAUCUACAUCACUUCCAAUGUUGGAGAAAUUAUAUGUUUUGGAAAAUGGAUUGGUUGGUGGUAGAAUUAAUCCAUUAUCAUAUCCAUCUCUCAAGAAACUAGGUAUUUUCGAAUGCGAUAAUACAAUUCCAUCCAAUUUAAUUCCAUCAACUUUGGAAAAACUUAAAAUACAUAAAUUAACUCUGGCAGAUGAUAUUAUACUUGAUCAAGUUGUAUUCCCACCAUCACUCACUAGUCUAUCCAUAUUUGGAGAUAAUGAGCCUGUACCAAACAAUUUACCAGCAUCACUCAUCAAAUUAAAGCAGAAUGUCCAAAAAGCUCCAACCGUCCCACUACCUAAUCAUUUAAAAAAACUGGUUUUAGGUUUAGAGUUUAGAAAAGAUAUCAAUCUUUUAAAAGAAGAUUUUAUCCUUCUAUCCCCAUAUCCACCUAAUCUAGAAACUUUCAACAUCAUUGAAUCGACUGGCUCUUUAAAGAUUGGUAUUCCACCAACCAUCAAAUACCUAUCGCUAACAUUGUCCCCAAACCCUAGAGAAAGUUCAAAUUGUAUUGCAACCCAUUCAAUCAGUUCUAGAAUACCCAAACCAAUCGACGACGAUCAAACACAACAACAACUAUGGCUACCACCAAAUACUACACAUCUAACAUGUCAACUAAACCAUACAUGGCAUCACUCAAAAUGGGCUUUUAGAUUAGAUAAAGUUAUCAAUCACACCAAUGUUAGAUAUUUAUCAAUCACUAUUCAAGAUAAUUAUGAUUUACAAUUUUCAAUUCAAAGAUUAGACCCAGAUAAUAGAAAUGUAUUGGUAUUGGAAACACAAUCACUGACUGGUGGAAUCAUCACUCAGCUGAAAAGAAAGAAUAAUAUUGAUCAACAACAACAACUAUAUUCCUAUUUAUUUACAUUAUGA